AUGCGCAUAUCAUCAAACACAAGACUUGUCCCCUUCUUCCCGUCCGAGGAUUCAAAGCUACGUGCUACUAGUAUCAAUAUCCGACGGGGAGGCAAUUGCCCCAAUUCGCUUCAAGUCCUGGAGCAGCUGCUCGCAGACCAUGAUGGCCUCCAGCUACAUCUAGUAUCACCUUUGCCCAACGCCUCAUCCUCCGCAACAGAGCGUGUUGUAUCCUCGUUUGGUCAUCAGUCAAAGAUUGACUUUGGCCAUUGCUUAUAUCGAGAGGAGAGCACAGAGGCGGCAAGCAGUUACAUCAUUCGCAGUGAAGCGUCGGGCAGCCGCACGCUCGUCAACUACAACGACCUCCCAGAGAUGACCCAAGACGAGUUCGGCAACAUCGCGCGAAGUUUCGAAGCGGACCAGGAGACAUGGUGGCACUUCGAGGGCCGAAUCCCAGAAACCGUGCAAAAUUGUAUCCGGCUCCUGCGUAACGUACUACCGAAAGCGACCAUCAGCGUCGAAGUUGAGAAGCCCGGCAGGGAAGGUCUGCCAAAGUUGGCGGCAGAGGCGGACGUCGUCUUCUACUCGCGCAGUUGGGCUGAGGUGAGAGUGGACUCAAAGAUAUUGGGCCUUCUUGGUUGA